AUGUCGUUAGAUUCUGAGGCAUUGCUAAAUAAUAUAGAAAAUCUUGAAAGCUCUUCAGUGCAACUCGAUCCUGCAGUAUUAGAAAAUAUCUCAAUUUAUUCACAUAUCGAAGGAAGUCACUCCCAUACUAAUCCACAAAUUCAAGGUGCUGAAGACGACCAUGCUGCUGCAGCUGCUGAGGUUAAUCCCGCGCCUGCCAACCUACGUGCACUGGAACUAGACGCAGCUGCGCAGCACCACUCUCCUGGUUCUCCUGCACCGGAUCCAGCAGCUGCUGAGGGAAAUCCCGCGCAUGACAACCUACCUGCCUUGGACCUGGAUGUAGCUGCGCAGCACCGCUCUCCUAGCUCUCCUGCACUGGAUCGGGAGGCUGUUGAGGGAAAUCCCGCGCCUGUCAACGUAUCUGCCCUGUACCUGGAUGCAGCUGCACAGCGCCGCUAUCCUGGCUCUCCUGCACUGGAUCUAGCAGCUGCUGAGGGAAAUCCCGCGCAUGACAACCUACCUGCAUUGGACCUAGAUGCAGCUGCGCAGCAGCGCUCUCCUAGCUCUCCUGCACUGAAUCGGGAGGCUGUUGAGGGAAAUCCCGCGCCUGUCAAAUUAUCUGCCCUGUACCUGGACGCAACUGCGCAGCGCUGCUCUCCUGGCUCUCCUGCACCGGAUCCAGCAGCUGCUGAAAGAAAUCCCGCGCCUGCCAACUUAUCGGCCCUGGAUCUGGACGCAGUUGAGCAGCGCCGCACUCCUAGCUCGUCUGCAUCAGAUCGGGAGGCUGCUGAGGAAAAUCCCACGCCUUCCAACCUACUUGCUCUGGACCUGGACGCAGCUACGCAGUGCCGCUCACCUAGCUCUUCUGCACCACCAGAACUAAACGCUACUGUAAGAUAUUCAACUCCGGCCAGCACACUUGCACUGGAGGUAGUUGCAGAGCGUGGCUUCUCCGGCUCUCCUGUGCCGGAACGAGAUGCUGCCGAAACGAAUUCUGCGCCUACCAGUCCAUCUGCUUUGGAUCGGGAAGCAUUUGUACAACGCAACCCUUCUAUCUGUCAUGUGCUGGACCCAGAGGCCGCCGAAAGAAACUCCGUGCCUGACACACUCCCCGAGAUAAGUCCAGCGACCAAUUGCAGACCAAGCACUCCUCCACUGAUAAAUUAUGAUUGGGAACACACGAACACAGACAUACCUUCGUUCGAGUUUGAUGAAAGUUCAGCAGGUGUCCAGUUUGAAGUCAACCCAGCUAUGACAGUUAUGGAAAUAUUUGAUAAAAUUCUUAAUCCUAAUAUUGUAGACUAUAUUGUAACAUAUUUAGAUUCAAAAGGAAAAGAUAAAAUUGAAAAAUUUAUUAAUGCUAUUACCAAGAGCUUCAUGGAGUGCUAUAAGCCAUACAAACAGUUAAGUUUGGAUGAAUCUUUGCUUUUAUUUAGAGGCCGCCUUGCCUUCAGACAAUAUAUAAAGAGCAAAAAAGUACGUUACGGAAUCAAAUUCUUCGAGUUGACAACUUCUGAUGGCUAUGUUUUAAAUAUAAUGAUGUACUCCGGAAAAGACACAACUGCCCGAACUGGUAAAAAAUCUGAAAAGAUCGUCCUUCGUCUCAUGAGGCCAUAUUUGCUGAAGGGACAUCAGUUAUACAUGGAUAAUUAUUACAAUUCCGUAACACUUUCGCAAAAGCUAGUUGACUUAAAAACUCACACCACAGGUACCUUACGUUCAAACAGAAAAGAUAAUCCCAAAGACAUCAUCAAGAAAAAACUCAAGAAGAAUCAACAUGUGUGGGUACGAAAAAAUAAGGUCUAUGUUUCAAAAUGGGUUGACAAGCGACCAGUUCUUAUGGUAACAACUUCAGUUCAUCCUCGGCUUAUAGAAAUACAAAACAGAUUUCAACAAAGAAAAAUUAAACCCGCAGAAGUGGCAGAAUACAAUCAACACAUGUCCGGAGUUGAUAGAGCAGAUCAAAUGAUCUCAUAUUACUCCUCACCAAGGAAAUCAAUCCGGUGGUAUAAAAAAGUGAUGUUCCACUUGUUGGAUGUCGCAGUAUGGAACUCAUUUUUUAUUUUCAAAAAAUACUGCCAAGCUAAUUGUGAUUUCUUGCUUUUCCGAGAGGAAUUGAUUCGAAGACUGUUGGACUUACCAGCAGAUUUAACAGCAGAGCAAGUGAUUUUAGCUCGCAGCAAAUAUGACAACAGAAUCAGAGCUAAUUUAUUGCCACUUCCAGUCAGUACCAUUGACGACGACGUCGGAAGCUCAAGAGUCCAUGGUCACUGGCCUGAGAAAAUACCCGUGCAAGAGGGUUCAAACAAAACAUCAAAGUACUUGAAAUGCAAGAUGUGCACGAAAAAAAAGGUGAGAAGGGAGACUUGCCUGAGAUGUAAAGGUUGCCCUGAAAAGCCAGCACUGUGUGCUCUUUGCUUCGAAGAGUGGCACAAAGAAGUAUAA